UGUGAAUUGAAGACAUUGUCUUGAUGGCAGAUCUCCACAGACACUGGAGGAAGUUUUCAUGCACCGAACACCAGAACCAGGCAUGGCCGGGAAGCCGUUCCGGGCCACGUACAUCUGGAGCAGCAUCAUCUCCAACCUCCACACGUGCGUGGAGGUCAAGCGGCGGCGCCACAACCUCAAGUCCUACCCCGACUGCUUCCUGGGCUCGGAGGCCGUGGACGCGGUGCUGGCACACAUCACCCUCAACCGGUUCUUCGGCGACGAGGCGGUGCCGCGCUACAAGGCCGUCCGCCUCUGUCAGGCCCUGAUGGACUCCAGGGUAUUUGAGCCGGUGGGCGUGAAAGUGUUUUCCAAGGAGAAGAAGCCGGCCACGUUCGAGGACGGCAGUUGCAGCUUGUACAGGUUCCUCAGCGCGUCGGCCGGCUCCACGUCGCCGCUCGCCAACGCCAACUCCUCGAGCACCAUCGAGAGCGGCUACGACUCCCCGAGCAUGAGCAGGAACAAGAACGCCUACGGUUCGUCACACGAAAGACAAGCGGUGCUGAGCUACUCCACCCACUGCCCCGUAAAAGCAGACAAAUCACUGGAGGACUUGCUGGGAAACCUCAACCUGAGCUCCUCCAUCACCCCUCAAAUGAUCAACCUCGGCCUCUCGCAAGAGCUUGUGGACAAGGUGUGGCACCAGCAGGCCGUGUUCAGGCUGCUGCAGCUGGUCGAGCUCCCCCUGUUGGAGAAGCUGUUAGAGGGUGGAGACGCGACGCCGCGGCCCCCCCUGCACGGCAUGGACAGUGACCCGGACCUGUUGUAUACAUCAAGCUACCUGGACCGAGAGGUCCUCAAGGCCUUCAGCGAGGCACAGGCCGAUGAGUGGAUGUCAGGAGCAGUGGACUGCCUGGAGUUCCUGCCUGAUGAGGGGGUGGUGGAGGUCAGCCGAGGUCUGGCCGGUCACGCCGACGACCUGCCCCGCUGUAAGAGUCUGCUCUACGACAUCCUGGCUCAGCACUACGGACGCGCUCAGCAGCCUCCUCUGCUCAGCAAUCACAUUUUCGACAUCCACUCGGGCAUCUCGGAGCUACUCGUGAACGGCAAGCAUGAGCAGGCUCUGGAGUCCCUGCAGCUGAGCCUCAAGCUGCAAGGCUCCCGCAGCCGGGAGGAGCUGCGCAGGCUCCUGAGGUUCAUGGCCGUCGCAGCCAAACCACAGGAGGUCCGGCUGCACAAGGAGGUCGAGAACAGAAUGGCGGUGAAGAGGUCGUUCUCAAGCGCCAUCGUCUACAGCAAAAGACUCUCCAAAGGAAAGGUGGACCUGAUGGUUCUGUUCAUGAUGGAUAACCACUGCGAUCUGUUCAAAAUUCCAGUUUCAUUACACAAGAUGGUCAGUGACAGGAUCGUGAAUAUUGUGAAAGGGAAGGAUCCAGAUGUGAUAACAGGAUCGUCAUCGUGCGCCAGAGUGAGCUCCAAGGCGUACGCCGAAAACGCAGAAAGAACCACGAAAGAGGAACUUUGGUCGUUGCUGCGGAGAGUCCACGAGAACCCCAAACUGUCGGAUAAAGAAAAGAGGAGGCUGCUGGGACAGUUUUACAAAGGCCACCCAGAGAUCUUUGUUCAGUACUUUGGAAAUCGAUUGUCCAGCAUCAACGUGUUGCUGCAGUGAUGUUUAUGAGUGUGUGAUUUGUAAAGAGAGGUGUGUGGAGAACAAAAGCGAACGCAGUGGCGACUGCAUUUGCUCGUAUGUAAAUAGUUUAGAUGACUGAAAAAGAAUGUGAAGACUCUGCAUAAGCUGCGAUAUUUAAGUACGUAUUUAAUUUCUUAGAUAUUUUCUUUGGUGCGGGACGCUAACAAGAAAUGUCCUCGUGUGUUUUAAUGUAUUUGAAAGUGUUCCCGAGAGUUUUGUUUUCGCACCGCGCAUUCGGACACGUGUGCAUGUGUAUCACUUUUAAAUGAAUGUAUUCUUUGUGCUUGUGCAAUAGAAACAUUGUUGGCAUUAAAAAUGUUGUUUAUCAUGUACGAUGGGAGAAGCAAUGUGUUGAGGAACCCUCACGGGGAAAUUUCAACCUGGAGAUUUGAAAGUCUGCUGUUGUAAACAGUCCGAGGCGUUCAUGACAAACAGCCCUCUGUGUUUGUGUUUGUUCCAACAAUUCAACAAAACAGAUGUUUAUACGUUCUUCGUAUUUUAACUUUUAACCACAGCCACGUUUUAGUGGUAUCUUCAGGGGUCUGUUUUAAAUAUGUUUGAUGUAUUCCUCCUCAUCAGUCGAAGAAAUCGCUUUUAUAAUUUCCAGGUGAGAAAAGCGGUCCCACAUUAAGCUUAAAAACCCUCACAUGUUGUUUGUAAUUUGGCAAGUCGUAAUAAAAUUCAACUGGAAUUGUUUAACAUCCA